AUGUCGGAAGUUGAAGGGCAGAAGGAAAGAGGCGUGCGGAUCGCCGUCGAGGGUUGCGGUCAUGGGACACUCCAUGCCAUCUACGCUUCAGUGGAAGAGGCUUGUCGCGUCAAAGGCUGGGACGGCGUGGAUUUGUUGAUAAUCGGAGGAGAUUUUCAGGCAGUACGAAACCAACAUGACCUCAAUGUCACAGCCAUGCCCGUAAAGUACAGACGCAUGGCAGACUUCCAUGAAUACUACAGCGGUGUCCGAACUGCCCCAUACCUCACCGUCUUCAUUGGCGGGAACCAUGAAGCGAGCAAUCACCUCUUUGAACUUUAUUAUGGUGGAUGGGUUGCCCCGAACAUCUACUACCUCGGUGCUGCCAAUGUGAUUCGACUGGGCCCUCUCCGGAUAGCUGGGCUGACCGGGAUUUGGAAAGGAUACGACUACCGGAAACCCCAUUUCGAGCGUCUUCCAUACAACCAAGAGGACAUCAGUAGCAUCUAUCAUGUUCGGGAGAUCGAUGUCAGAAAACUGUUGUCUCUCCGGUCGCAGGUCGAUAUCGGCCUCUCGCAUGAUUGGCCACAAGGUGUCGAAUAUUCGGGAGACUAUAAAUGGCUUUUCCGGAAACGAAAGGACUUCGAGACUGAUUCAGCUGCUGGGAAGUUGGGGAGCGUAGCUGCAAGACAGUGCUUGGACCGGUUGCGGCCGCCGUAUUGGUUCUCUGCACAUCUUCACACCAAAUUUGCUGCUGUCUUCUCUCAUGACAAGAGUGACACUUCCCAACAGGCAAGCUCCAGAUCCAUUCUGACCGCUAGUAAUGUCACACCACGGCCAGAAGACCGCCAGCAAGUGUCAGCAUGGCAACAAUUUCGUGGCUCCGCUCAACAAGAAGAUGCUGAAGAAAGAGACAGGAUUUUAAGGGAGCGGGAAACGGAACGGCUGCAGGAAGAAAAGACCGGCAACCCUUCCGGUCCACAAUACUCAUUCGAUGAGACUUUUAACAAGGUCGGCACGGGGAACGGCCUCGAGCGUAUGGUGGUAUCCUCGACUCGGAGCCAGGUCAACUCGGAGGAGCCGGACCCUAUCCCACAACUUGACGGCUGCAUCUGCUCAAGACCGGCCAAGAGGCAACGCCUAGAAAGUGGGCUACCGGACUCGGUCCACGAUGUAACAGACAGCGAAGUUCGACCUGACACGUCUGGAGCUCAGUUUGACGGUGCCACUGCUAGCUUGCUUGCACCCCCAAGACCCGCGGUGGCCAACCCAGACGCUAUCGAUCUUGACAUGAGCGACGAUGAUGAGUCUACCGCAGUACCUAGUGAGAAUGCUGCUACGCCGGGAAGCAAACCUCUUCAAAUCUUUGCUGCAACCAAAGCCACCAACAAUGACAGCAUCAAGAGAUUGGAUCUGCCUCAGAGUCUGUCUGAAGAGAGCGAGGACGGUGGUGUCAAGCUGAACCCGCAUGCCUCAUCCUUCACCCCAAUGCCCGGUAUUUCUCCCCUGCGACGCGAAGUAAGUCGCUCCGAAGUUUCGCUUGAGCCUUCUGGGAUGUCAUCUGAGUCGGAGCUGAACCCACGAGCACAACUAUUCGACCCGCAGCCACCUGCCAGCCGAAGCAUUGGAGGCAUGCCAGAACAGUCACAUGCUGAACCAGUACCACCCGCGCAGUCGCAGGCCGUGCAAAGAAACGACGAUGUGCCCCAGGAAAUAAGAGAUCAACUCGCGGCUCUAUCGCAGAAUUUCGUCAAGAAGGAACCAGUCGAGGUCUCUCCAUCACUGCCAUUCCCGGAGGAUAUCACCAAUAAAACAACCUACUUCCUAGCCCUUGGCAAAUGCGAAAUGUACCAGGAAUUCCUCCAGCUUCUCGAAAUUCAAUCCAUGACUUCUCCGGAGGAAGAGAUCCAGCGUCCCCUCAAACUUUGCUACGACCCGGAGUGGCUUGCCAUCCAACGAGUUUUUGCCCCGGAGCUUCAACUCGGCGGGAACCCGAAAGACAGAGUUCCUCCACAUCGGGGGGAGACGUACUACACUGACCGAAUUGUCGAAGAGCUGGAAUGGGUCGCCGAGCAUGUGGUCAAGCCCGGUAAACUGCAAGUUCCAGAGAACUUCAGCGUGACUGCGCCAGUCUACGACCCGAGUCUACGGGUUGCGCCUGACGAGAUGCCGCGCGAGGUGAGCAAUCCGCAGACGAGCGCGUACUGCGAGCUGAUCGGGAUUGAAAACAAAUUCGACAUCAGUGAGCAAGAGAGAGAUGCCAAGAUGCAGCAGGGGCCGAGACCCGAGAGUGCCGAGUUUCAGGCGUAUCGUGACCGACCGCGUCAACAUGGACAAGGUGGUGGUGGCGGUGGUAAAGGUCGUGGUAACCAUCGCGGCGGCGGCGGGAGAGGAGGUGGCCGAGGAGGUGGCCGAGGAGGCGGCAGAGCACGAGGGAGAGGACGGCGGGGUUAG